GGUGAACGAACUGAGGCGGACAGACGCUCGGAAACUGAUAGAGACCACUUCCAGUCUGCAAAAGUGUCACCUCUGCAAGAAGGAGCAUCAAGAUGGAGAAGAAAAUCACAGAUUUCUCAGGAAAAUGGACGAUGAAGUCUUCGGUAAAUUUCGAGGAACUUUUGAAAGCACUGGGUGUGAAUGUCUUCCUGAGAAAGAUUGCAGUAGCAGCAGCGUCCAGCCCAGCGGUGGAAAUCACCCAACAGGAUGAGAGUCUCUCCAUCAAAACGUCCACCAGCGUCCGCACCACCCACGUCUCCUUCACUGUGGGUCAGUCCUUCAGUGAGACCACAGUGGAUGGACGUCCUUGCACGAGUGUUCCUACGUGGGAAACAGACACAAAGAUCAGCUGCGAACAGACAGUACAGAAAGGGGAGGGGCCAAAGACAUCAUGGACCCGAGAGCUGACCAACGAUGGAGAACUGAUACUGACAAUGACUGCUGGCGAUGUUGUCUGCACCAGAGUUUAUGGAAGGGAAUGAGGAAAUGUCCUCAAGUCUCUCUCACAAUCCUCCGGUUUUGUGCCUCAUGCAUGGUUUACAUUAACUCCUUUUGUUUUCUUCUCCAGUCAGAUGUUGGUCAGAGCUCACUCGCACAGUACACUGUGUUAAAGGCUUCAAAUGUACGAGGUUGCUUUUGAAACACCAAAGCUGCUCCGACUUUUUUAUGUAUCAUAGAUAAAUUUCACACAUUCCUUUUUUAAAAAAGCUGUAUUGCAGUGUCUAGACCCUUUCCCAGAUGUUAAUAAACUGUUUUAUAUGAA